AUAAAAAACAAUUACAACAACACACAAACGCAAACCCCCAUCUUCCAAAUCCAAAGUACAGCAAGAUAAAAAUUCUUUCUCUCUCUUCUCUUUCUCUUUCUCUCUCUCUCACACACUCUCUCUCUUCUCCCUAAAGAAUCGAAAACCCUUUCUCUCACUAGGGUUUCUGUGUGAUUUUCGCACCCAAAUUCUGCUUCUUGAGCUGCGAAUCCAAUCCUCAAACUUCAUUCUAAUCACUCUCCUUCCAGUUCUCUAUCAUUUCUUCUCGUUUCUUGGAGGAGCCGUGGAGUAUCGAUGCUCCAAGCUAGGGGAGAAAAAUCGCGUGCUCUCGUCCACGGACAUACACAGAUAAUUGUGGAGAAUAAUUCUGGAUGUGAUUCUAACUAUAUAGGAUCAUCAAGCUCAUGGAGAGUAAUUUUGUUAGUGUGGAUUCAAUCAGUAUAGAUCUUCCCAUCGGCACCGCUAAUAAGACAUGCGAACAUUUCACGAUACGUGGUUACGUAUCGGAUAUAAGAAAGAAAGAUUGGAGAAAAUGUUGGCCAUUUCCAAUGGAUGAGUCUGAUAACGAACUGCCACUUCCACCACUUGAAGUGCCGAAAUUUCGAUGGUGGGGCUGUGAAAAUUGUCAACAGGCAACUGCUAACGAAAUCAAUCAUGGAAAUGAUCAAACAGAUGUUAGCCACAGGAAUGGAGGUAUAUCUGAUUGUAACUGCAGUAAUGCGGUUGUCAAUUCUGGUACUCCGGAAUCUCCAGUGGCUAGUGCUGCCACUCCAGUGAAUGCGGAGUUCGAUCUUAAUAUCCCUAUUGAUCUGACUGGUGACACUGAUGGUUUACCAGUUAGGAAUGAGAUAGAAAAUAAUAAUGCAGAAAUUGUACAGAACAGAAUAACAGACCAUGAUAUUGGCUCGGAGAUUAAUCUCAAUCAUCAAGUGUCAAGUGUUACACUUCCAGAAGCUCGUCCAGAUCACAUGGAAGAAUGUCAUAUAAAUAAAAUAGCUUGUGAAGCUAAUGUGGAUAAGAGCCCUUCUGAUAUUAAUGAAGGGACACCUACUUCUGAAGAAAACCAAUGCCACAACGGUUUAAGACAAUCUGGUUCAAUUUUGAGGGAAUGUACAGUAGUUGUCGGAGAUAACAUCAUUGAUCAUGCAACUGAACAUCUUUCACCAGAGUUGGCUGAUGGCAAUCAUGAUGUGUCAGUGGAAAAUGAAGAUGAAAUUGUCAGAAAUCAUCAGGGUCGUAAUGUAGAAAGGUCAACCAGUUUAACUCGUAGGAGACCUAGAAAGAUGCGCUUGCUUAAGGACUUAUUAAAUGAAAAUGGAGAGGCAAAGACUGAUAAAACCACCGCAAGCAGAUCACUAUCUCAUGGUCCUCUUAACCAGUUUACAACUUCAGAGGUACCACCAGUUUUCCAAGAAAACGAGGAUGUUCCAGUAGAUUCGACUUUGACAUAUAAGGGUCGCGGUAGAAAGCGAAAGUUUGUUGUGGAUGAAGAGUCAACAUCUGCAGAUAUGUGCUCCCAGAGGCUUGAUAACGAAAUUCAAAACCCAGGGGGAGUUUCUAGAACAGAUAACACUGCAGGUAAAAGGCACAAAUCGGUUCCUCAUGUUGACAAACACUUGAUUUCUAGGCCACAAGAAGGACAGUGGAGAAAGAGUGGGAGCACGGUGGAUGUCACAAAUAAGGAAAAUCUGUCUGAAAGUCCUUCUGGAUCCUUUCCUUGUGCAUCCACUGAGAAGGGAAAGGAUGAUUUUCCGCUGCAUAUGUUAAGGAAUAGAAAUGUCUGCAAUUCCAAAGGAAAAGGCAAGAUGCCUCAAGCUGAUGCAGAAAUGGAUUCUAUAACCGGGAGGAAAAAUGACAAGCUAGUUGAAGGUUCAUUUGCACAUACAGCAUCAAAGAAUUUGUCAAGUAGGCCUGAAUGCAUUGCAGUUCCAUCAACAAAAGGUACAUCAAAUGGGAAAGAACUCAAUGAGGAAAGGCAUCUUCCCUUAAAAGGCUAUCCAUCGGAACAGAUUUGCAACAAGCAAAAUAUCAGUCAAAAAGAAAUUCAGCUUCGAGAGGGUACUUCAAGAGCUCAACUUAGAAAUAUGGACGGCAAAGCCAUUUAUUGUGGAGCUCGAAAAAAUCCUUCAAAGGACAUGUCAAAUGCAAUUCUUGAAAAAGGAAAAGAAGUAUAUCUUGAAGGAACCAAUGGAGACAGAAACAAUAACAAAAUGAUUGAAGUUGUUGAUCUAGAUAAUAGUCUGGAAAGAUGCGAUGAUUUGACAGCAGAGGACUCUGACCAUGGGUCAGAAGAUGAUAUCCCAAUGGAAGUUGUAGAGAUCUUGGCAAGGAAUCAAUAUGAGAGGUCUCUACCUGACGUAGAAAAUUUAAGCUGCCAACUGGAAAUGUCUGUCCAGAGGGAAAAAGAUCACGUAAGUGAUACAGAAAUUGGAAUUAACAGAAGACAAGGAAAUGCAUUCCCAAGAAAAGAAAAUUCAAGUAACUACUUUUCUUCAAGCGCACUCCAUCAGUUCCCGUUUGGGUUUGAAGUUCCACAAUCAAAAAAUAAGUCAUCAAAUGGAUCUCAUUACUCACCAAGUGAUACCAGGAAGCUUGGUCCUGCUCAAACUCCAAUUUUUAAUAGGAGGAAUGCAGACAGCAUGGCACUUACUGGAGAAAGUAAUGGGACGGAACAUGAUCGUUAUCAGAGUGUAUCUCAUGAUACGUAUUCCAAUGAAGCAAUACAUGCGCUGCAUUUACUUAGCUUAACCGGGGCAGGUAGGGAGACAGACACAUCAUCUACUGCAAGUAGAAGUGCUAAAAUGGUUAGGAGACCCUCUAAUCCCGGCAUAUGCAGUGCAAACUUGGAGAGAGAGACACAUGGUUCCCCACGAAGGCAGAUUUCUGAGCAUCUCAGCAGCAUUAAUUUAUCAGAUAAAUCACGAAACCGCCUUUUUGACUCUCCAAUCUCUGCCACUUCAACAGAUCAGCAUGGUGGGAAGAUCAGAAGUACUGAUUUCAGGGACCAAAAUUUGCCAAGGUAUGGAAAUGGAAUUAAGAUGAACGGCUCCAAUGCAGCCAUGCAAAAUGUAGAUAGUCUGCAGCUCAGGGGGGCCAAUGUUGAAACGGAAACCUCGAAUCAACAUAGAUUGGAUGUUGCAGAGCCCUGGCAAAGUAUCUCUGGAAGCACAAUUGUAGUUAACAGAAACCCGGCGGAGUUCACUGCACCAGAAGAUGGUAAUCCAUACAUGAUCAAUGGAGAAGAUCUGAAAUUCGAGGAUAUCCCCCCAAACAGAAGGCGUGGCUUACCUGCUCCACGUGGACGCAAGCAAAUGAAGACUCGAAGGUUACAAAAUGAAAGACGUUGAAAUCAAUAUAGAGUUGUGCAUAGUUAGGCUACAGCUUUUGCUUGAUUCCUUCAUGUUGAAACGGUCAGCAUAUACUACUUUAUGUUCCUUUAAUUAUAUAAAUAAUUCUGCAGCGGACUUUGAGUAGGAACAUGAGACUUAAAUAACAGUUUUUUUUUUCUUGCAAAGUUUCAACUUUCAAGGAAGAAACUUAUCUUUGAAUUUAAAACUGAAUUUCAUUAUCAUGCUACCAGGUGCCAUACACAAGUUUUAUGUUAUAAUGUAUUACAG